UUUUUUACUUUCCUGACUAUGCCCAUUCAACUGACCGGUCUUUGGUGGUCCUGCACACCCCUCGAGCAUGUGUUGGUUGGCAUGGCAAGCCUGCUGCCUCUUCUCUUGUCUCGUCUUCUUUCCUCUCCUCUCCUCUGUGCAUGUGCCUUAUUGUUUUACACCUUCUUUCUCAGAUCUGCGAUCUCUCUCCUAGGCAUCAAUGGCAUGCAUUUCCUUGUCAUCUUGACAAUUUUUCAUCAGGCAUCUCAUCUGGCUUCCUCUCCCUCUCCCUGAACUUCACAAUGAGCCCUGGGCUGGCCCAGUUUGUACCAACACACCACAGCUUCACAGCCCCUGGCCUUUUUUGCAUGGGAGGGCGUGAGUUCCAAGCACCUACCGAAGUGCCCGGCCAGGGAGUGAAAUUUACUCUCGAGUUUCCGGUACUUGGGCAGUCAUCUUACCAAGAGGCUGCUGGCAUGGCCCGGAAGUCCCACCCCUAGUUCCCCCCAGCCACUCAAAUUCAAUCCCCUUGCAGCGUUUGUCACAGCUCAACGACAGGCCUGCUGCACCCACUUCCCUCCUGCCCCAGCUAGGGUCUGCUAGCUGCCCCACCUCUUUUCCACCACCUCCCUAACACAACUUGACUGUUGUUGUGUCGGCCUGGAGAGCAUCACCACUGCCAACGACCCAAUCCUUGCGGGUUUGCCAUCGAGUCCUCGAGCUUGUCCUGGUCGCCUCCGUGCAUCCAUCCUCCUCUGCCCUUUCGUUCACUUAUUCCUGCAGUCGGUCUGUCUUGACCUCCCAACUUCCCAUCCACUCACUCAUGUUUUCAUUAGCCUUGUUGUGUUCUUGGUGAAUUGUUGCCGAUACCCACUUGUUCAGAAAUCAAGUCUGCUGCUGCUCCUCCUUGCCUUCUUCAUGCUCUCCAUCCACGCUGCACAGUAACUGCAACUCCCAGCAUCUAUCUCAGCCUGUGCCAAGCCCUCAUCCUCAAGCAGCUGCCUUCUGUCACUCCCACAUUGUGUGCAUACAUCUCCUGAAUUCCCUUGCACCAUCAGCCGACACCUGCACAAUGCCCAGCAGCAGGACGAGGCACAUCAAGGCAGAGCCUGGCCUGCAUCAACCACCAAACCGUACGGCCGCCACACCUCCUCGACCCUCAAACGCAAGGACUCCUGCCGCCGUUACACCCAGGUCCGUCAUACCAAACAGGCCUGCUCCUUCGGCCACAUCUAGUUCCGUCGUCUCUCCCGAUGCGAGGCGUGCCCAGCGAAGUGGUGCCCCUACCGUGGCCACCGCAUAUGGCGCUCAGCAGCACUCGGAGAUGGGAGAGGACGUCGUCUUCAUGCAGGUGCGGCCCAGGACCUUCAAGGAGGAUCCCGAGGCCGGUGCUCACCAUGAUAUCCACGUUCCUGAGGCCGGCGAUAUCGACAAGAACCUGAAGGAUAUCGGCCAGCACCUCAAGAGCUUCAAUGACACCUUGGGCUCUCUCCAGUCUCUCGGUAUCCACCAUGACACCCCGCUGCCAGAACUCAUACUCGUCGGCGACCAGUCCUCGGGCAAGUCCAGCCUCAUGUCCGCCAUCUCCCAGAUCAUCCUCCCCCGGAGCGACGGCGUUUGUACCCGCUGCCCCGUCCAUAUCCGCCUCUCGAGUGACACCACAUGGCGCUGCCGCGUUUCCCUCCAGCAGGACUUUGCCUAUCGUCCGCCAAAUGACGAGCCCAUCACCGAGGCCGACGUCACAGAGCACAACCCUUUCCCUCCUUGGGUGAAGCAGACGAGGGAUACCAAGGAAUUCAAAAUGAUCUACAACAAAACAGAUCCCAUCGACGAGAUAGUCCGGUGGGCCCAGAUCGCCAUCCUCAACCACAACAGGAACUACACCCAGUAUGUGCCCAAGGACUGGGACCUGCGCUCUGCCGACGAGAAGGAGCCAGAGUACGAGGCCCGCCGUCUCGCCGAAGCCGAGCGCACCACCGAGGCCAAGUUCAGCCCAAACACGGUGGCCAUCGAGGUCAAGGGCCCGGGCCUGCCCGAUCUCUCCUUCUACGACAUGCCUGGCGUCUUCCGCAACGCAAAGCACGAGGAGGAUCAGUUCUUGGUCAAGGUCGUUGAGAAUCUGGUCCGCGAGUACAUCUCUCACGAGAAGGCCAUCAUCCUGUGGGCAGUGCCCAUGAACCACGACCCCGAGACAUCAUCGACAUACGCCCUCAUCCGGAAUGUCCGCGCUCAGCAACGUACCAUCGGCGUCAUGACCAAGGCCGACCUGCUCCCACGUGGCGGCCACCACCAGUGGCUGGAGAUGCUAGCCGGUCAGCAGCAUCAAGUCGGCCGCGGGUAUUUCAUCACCUCCAGAGCGCCCCCGUCGUUCCAGAAUGGCGACGAGCAUGAGCUGCAGCGUCGAGACCGUCAGAGCCUCAGGGACGAGCACGCGGCCGAGGAGGCCUUCUUCAACCGUGCAACAGGCAGCUGGCCGGAGGAGUUCCGACAAUUCGAUGACCGCUGCGGUAUUGACCAGCUUGUCAAGUUUCUCGCCCAGUCACUCGCCCAGGAGUUCGCCAGGAACCUGCCCGACCUCGAGAGGAAGCUGCAGAAGAAGCUUACCAGCGCCAAGGAGCAGCUGGCCCGUCUGCCCGACAUGCCCGCGAACCCCGAGUACGAGGUGCGCAGGAGCCUGCUCAAGUUCACCCAGCAAUUCCAAGCGCGCCUCAAGAGCAAGGCGUUUCUCUCCUCCUGGGCAAAGAUCGCCGAGACCUUCAGGAUAAAGGUGCUCGAUCUCAAGCCGCGCUACCGGGUGAUGCCCGAAGGGUUCGCUAUCGAACGGCCCCUCGGCUCGGGCGCCAGCGACAGGGACUCGGUCUUCAGUGCCAACAACUCCCCGAGCCUGUCUGUGAAGCGCAACCGGCAGGUGUAUGAUCUUACUAAUGACAACGUAUCUACACCAUCCGCCCAGCGCCGCAGGGGCGAGAACGGCCCCAUAAAGGUCGAGGAGCAAAACGGCUCCUUCGCGCACGACAUGCCGAUGCAGACACCUGGCAACGCGCCUGGGCCAUCGUCGGAUACAGGCGGUAGGGUUCCCAGUAAGACCCUGGCCCAGAUCCGCAACCUGAUCAGGUCCGAGCGAGAGGCUGGAAAGCCCGGCGAAGUGCCGUACGACGUGAUCGAAAAGCUGUGUGUCGAAGCGGUGGCCACCUGGGAGGGGCCCCUGCACAAGUUCCUGGACCACACCAUGACCCACCUUCGCCGAGAGCUCGAUGCCUCCCUGAACGAGUCGUUCAAGGACUUGCAGAAGCGACAGGUAUACCGUGAUGCCAAGCGGCUGACGGUGGAGUGGCUCAAGGGUCACAAGCAGCGCAUCUUCGAGUACCUCCACAGGAAUUACAAGAUGGAGACUGCGCAGGUCUACACCACAGACGAUGAAUCCUUCCAGCGACACCGAGGCCAUGAGACGCAGAUGCUGCGCCGCACCCGGCACUUUUACCGCUGGAAGGCCUACAACAACGACCCCUCCCCGGAGAAGCUGGAGGACUGGGGCAAGCUGAGCGCCGAGGCGCGCCGGAACGAGGAGCAGCGGAUCCAGAAGGAGGAGCUCAAGCUCGGCGACGACGAGUACUCGACCGAGCUGGACGUGGCCGCCCGCGUCAGGGGCUACUACCUGACGGCGGCCAUGCGCUUCAUCGACGUGACCGCGAUGCAGCUGACGUCGGGCCUGUUCCCGGAGCUGAACAACGACAUCGAGAUGCACCUCGACAAGGCGAUGGGCCUGGCGGGGGGACCCGUGCCGUACGACCCGGACGUGUUCGUGCGCCUCAUGGAGGAGGAGCCCAGCACCGCGGCCAAGCGGUCGAACCUCAAGGCGUCCGUGCUGCGGUUCAACCGCGCCGUGGAGGAGAUCCAGGACCUCAACCAGACCGUCAUGCGCGCUUCGGCUAACGCGCCGCAGCAGCAGGUGCUGGUGCAGGACCUCGAGAUGGAGGACGCCGAGGGCGAGGACAUGUACGAUGGUGACUGAGCCACACCACACGGAGAGAGGGGUUUCCAUGUUGCGGUAUGCAUCAUGACAUGCGCUGCUUUGGUGGUAGACGCGCACCAUCUCAUCAGUAGCUGCUCGUGGACUAAAAUCAGAGGUGCAAGUUUAUUUUUGUUGAAGGCAGGCCUGUGGAUGUCCGGUGUGUCGAUUCGAUUUCCAAAUCCACUGUGGGGUUUGGCAUUGGGUGGAUGCCGAUUUCUUGUCGGAAGAACGGCGACAUCACGGUGAAAAUGGCUUUUGUAAAAGUUUAGAUGGACCCGAUAGUUACUGCGACGAAUUGAAUACAGCCCCCUAUUCAGUA